UUCUGUGCCAGCGGGUCUGAUUCCUGCUCUGCAGCUUCCUGGAUGAGAGUUGAGCAUCAUUAGGGAAACUCAGCUGCCACCAGACUACACAGCACUGCAAAGGCUGUGGAGAUCUUUUUCAGUGAAAACAAUAAUGACUGUCUUGAAAUGUAAUCCCAGGAGAACCCGUUUUCUGUGCAGCCUGAAAGAAUCCCGACCUACCGUCAGCAGCUCUUCGGAGACCUUCUAAAAGCCUCCCGGCAUCAAGCACCUCGAGCGACUGGGUAGUUCAGGGGGACCUUAAGAAUUGUGGACAUCGAUCCACCUGAACAGUUGAACCGCUGCUGCUCAGAGCUGCUGCUGAACUACCAUGUCUAAGAACUCGGAGUUCAUCAACCUGUCAUUUUUAUUAGAUCACGAGAAGGAAAUGAUCCUGGGAGUCCUCAAGAGAGAUGAAUAUUUGAAAAAAGUAGAGGACAAGAGAAUAAGGAAGCUGAAAAAUGAACUCUUGGAAGCAAAACGUAGAAGUGGGAAGAUUCAACAAGAGACCAGCAGAGUCUGUGCUCACUGUCAGAGAAACCUGGGUUUAAUAUUCGACCGAGGAGACCCGUGCCCAGCCUGCUCGCUGAGAGUGUGUGCCCAGUGCCGGGUCUCCGGCCUUGAUGGCAGCUGGAGGUGCAUCAUCUGUGCCAAAGUCGCGCAGCUAAGGAUUGUAACUGGCGAAUGGUUUUUUGAAGAAAAAGCAAAGCGUUUCAAGCAAGUCAAUGUCCUGGGCACUGAUGUUGUCCGACAGUCCAUCUUAAGAAGAAGUCCGGCUGAAGAAACACAAAGCCAAGAGCAAACGCGCCAGAAGGCAGAAAAGUCCGACACUUCGCCUUCUGCUGGGCACAAGGCCAGCCACGACGGACCCAGGAAAAGAGGAUUUCUUCUUAGCAAGUUCAGAUCAGCAACCAGAGGCGAAAUCAUAACGCCAAAAGCUGAAAGUGGGCGGAGCUACAGCUUGGACCUAGACAGCCAAAAUUUUCGGAGUUUAAGGUCAGCCCCCGGUUCAGACAGGGGAAGCACCGGUUCAUCAGAUCUCAACGAGCAAGAAGCUGCUUCCGGAACUCCAAAGAGCAUCCGGAGCAACGGUGUAACCCCAGUCAGUCAGAGGUCACCAGCCCCAAGCACACGCAGCGCGACCUCAGGGAGCAGUAGAAAGGAACAUGGUUUUGAAAAUUCCAUGGAUUUGGCUGCCACUGAAAGCACCUCUGAGGACCUCCCAAAGAGUCAUCGCCGAAAAACUUCCGGCACACCUUCCAUAGCGGUGUCCAGAGCCUCCCUCUCGUCAGACCGGAGUCAAUCCGAGUUAGAUUUGAGUGGAUCAUUUACAGAGGACUUAGAGGAUCCUGUGAACAUCAGAAGCAAGUCCGUCUCUGGGGCUUUAGACAAAGACUUGGACUCCUUGGAAGAGACAGAAGAAGUCAUUGAUGAUUUAGCGUCCUCUCGGUUUUCUGCAAACACCCACAGUCUAGCCAGUGGCCUGUCAACCACCAGCCUUAACAGCAUGAUGAGUGUUUACAGUGAAACCGGAGACUAUGGCAACGUGAAGGUCAGUGGGGAAAUCCUUCUCCACAUCAGCUACUGCUACAAAACUGGCGGGCUCUACAUUUUUGUCAAGAAUUGCAGAAAUCUGGCCAUAGGAGAUGAAAAGAAACAGAGGACAGAUGCUUAUGUCAAGUCAUACCUUCUUCCUGACAAGUCCAGAAAUAAUAAGCGCAAGACCAAAAUCAGAACAGGCACCAAUCCGGAAUUCAAUGAAACCCUAAAGUACACCAUCAGCCACACCCAGCUGGAAACGAGGACUCUGCAGCUCUCAGUCUGGCAUCACGAUCGAUUUGGACGGAACAGCUUCCUUGGGGAGGUGGAGAUUCCUUUUGACUCAUGGAACUUUGAAAAUCCCAGUGAUGAGUGGUUUGUGCUUCAGCCCAAGGUGGAAUAUGCUGCUGAUACUGGCCUUCAGUACAAAGGGGAGCUGACAGUUGUUCUGCGUUACAUUCCGCCAGAGGAGAACAUGGCACUUCCAGUAGAACAACUUCAAGGAAAGAAGACCUUUAAACGAGGAAAGAAGAAGGAUGCGCCCAUCAGCUCUGGAGGACUACUAGAAGUGUUCGUCAAAGAGGCCAAGAAUUUGACAGCGGUGAAGUCAGGAGGCACUUCCGAUAGCUUUGUGAAGGGCUACUUGCUCCCUGAUGAUAGCAAAGCCACCAAGCACAAAACUCUGGUGAUAAAAAAGAGUGUUAACCCCCAGUGGAAUCACACUUUCAUGUUCAGUGGCCUGCAUCCCCAGGAUAUAAAGGAUGUUUGCCUGGAACUCACCGUCUGGGACAAGGAGGCCUUUUCCAGCAACGUCUUUCUGGGAGGAGUUCGUUUGAAUUCCGGAAGUGGUGUGAGCCGUGGGAAGAGCGCUGAUUGGAUGGACGCUCAGGGGGAGGAGCAACGCCUCUGGCAGAAGAUGGCGGACAAUCCUGGGACUGCCGUGGAGGGUGUGCUCAUGCUCCGUGCCAGCAUGGGGAAGAGGAAGCUCUGAAGGUACCAGUUCUCCAAAAGGAGGCCUCCAGGGAUUGUCUGGUUGUCAUUUCCUCCCAUUAGCCAGCUUGGGACCUGAAGUCUGCUUCUCUGCCGUUUCUCACCUGUGGGUACUGGGACAUGGGGGAGAGAUGUCACUGCUGUGAACAUUUAGGGUCUUGCCAAGUCUUAAAAAGUACGUACCUCUCUAUGUCAUCGGGCCAGUGAUUUUUGUUGUGGUGGUUGUGUUUUGGCCAUGGCCGUGGGGUGUGGAAGUUCUCCGGCCAGGGAUUGAACCCACACCAGGGUGGUGAUAACGCCUGAUCCUUAACGGCUAGGCCAUCAGUGAACUCUGGCCAAGGCUUUUUUGACUGGAUGAUAGAAAGUGUUACCACACUGUCCUAUCACCAAGCAAACUGUCCAAUGAUUCAUAGGCUUUGUACCAUAGGAGAAAUGGCACGUGCUUAUUUGAAACUACUGUUGAGAUUGGGGGGGGUCCCCAAACUUUUUCCAAUUAUGAGUUAUUUUAGGUUUUCUCCAGGUUUGAGGGCAAAGGGGAGCCACUUGGCAUGUAGACCACUUGAAGAGUAAGAAGAAGGGAUACUGGCUACCCUUCCCUCACCCUGGGAAUUCCCAUAAUCCAAAGACAGCAUUGUGAGCAUGGUUGCUGGGACAGGGGGGUGGCCCUGUUCUUGCAGAAAACUUGGGGAUUGACUGGAUUUCAAGUUUUCACGAUGAACUGACAGGUUUUUCUGUGGUGACUAUGUAAUCGAUAAUCUAAAUCAUCCCACUUUGGGGAGUGAAGAGGGCUGAGCCAUUGCCCAGAACAACAGGUAUGAACCUUGACUGACCUGGGAAAAUUGGGAUGUAGGGUCCCCCUAGUCAGGAUCUAGCUAUGAGAGAGCCCUGUUGUAAACGUUUACUUUAUAAAAUGUUCUAAGCUGUCAACGAAAAGGGAAUAAGAAAUAAUCCACCUUUGGAGCCCCUGUCACAUCCCAUUGCUCAAAGGUAUGCCAUGGGCACAGCCAAAAACAAAACAAACAAACAAAAAAAA